AUGACCGUGAAGGCUGAAGCACCAGAAGCGAUAGACCGAGAAAGAAUCGAAGGCCGUAACGACUACGCCUAUGCCAGAACGAAAAAGACGUCCGAAAGACAUGCUAAAGAGCAAAAACGAGGAAAUACGGCUGAAAAUGGCGAUGUGCGAGUGCCGACAUAUGAUUGGAAGGAAAACCUACCAGUACCCAAGGCUUACGUGCAGUACACUCCGAGCGAUUCCCUCGAGCGAUUCCCCCGAGCACGCCUUUCCUCUCAAUAUCGUGACAAGAGAUCACCUACCGGAAAGGAGAUACCAGGGAAUGACGACCACCCGCCCAAAAGAAGCAUGAGAGACGCCUACCUCUGCAAAGAAAGAUGCGAUGUUGACGAAGGCGACACUUGGAAAGGACGGCUGAUGCCGGAGAAGAGGCUGCUCAAGGAAAGUUCACCUGCUGGGAUUUCACGAAACGAAGAUGAGAGCAACACAACAACAUGA